AUGGGCCGCGCGGAGGCUGGCAGUACAAAGGCCAUCGGCAACAAGAUCAAAAGCAAAGGACUGGGUCGCCUUCGAUGGUUUUGCCAGGCAUGCGAGAAACAAUGUCGAGAUGAAAACGGGUUCAAAUGUCACACUAUGACUGAGGCGCAUGUCCGACAGAUGAUGAUCAUUGGUGAAGACCCGCGCAAGCACAUCAGAGAAUUUAGUCGCGAAUUUGAGCGAACUUUCCUCGAUACCCUCAGAACCACGCAUGGAACAAAACCCAUCAACGUCAAUCAUUUCUAUAAUCAGAUUGUGGCCGAUAAGCAGCACAUUCACAUGAACAGUACAGAAUGGAAAAGUUUAUCACAGUUUGCGGCAUACCUAGGCCGGGAGGGAAAAUGCCGUGUUGAGGAAACUGAGAAGGGCUUGGUCAUCGCGUGGAUUGAUAACAGCCCAGACACACUUCGCCGCCGGGAGGCUAUCUUAAAGAAAGAACGCCAGGAGAAGGGAGACGAAGAACGAGAACAACGCUUGAUUCAGGACCAGAUUAAGCGAGCCCAGCAAGCGGCGAUGGCCAGCGCUACGAACAACGCAGAUGCAGAACCCGAGGCAAGAUUGUUGCAGAGGAAGGAAGGAGAAAAGAUGACCUUGAAUCUUGGUCUUGGCUCGAAGAAGACAGAUACGAAGCCUGCGUCGCCUCCCACAACAGAAAAGACCACAGUAUUGCUGGAAGACACAGAUGCACCGACAGGAAGCACCGACUCUCCCGCUCCGUCUGCGCCUGCCGCACCAGUCAAGAUUUCGAUGUCAAUGGGCGCACAAAAGCCAAAGAACGUGUUUGCUAUGGCCAAGAAGAACCCUUUGGCCGGGAAGAAGGGCUCUAUUUUCGCGGCUCCUAAGAAGAUGACUGAACAGGAAAGAAUUAUGAGGGCCGAGAUGGAGGCAAUGGAGCGAAAGCGAUCUCGUCCAGACUCUGGUUUCACGAAUAAGCGACCAAAGAUCACUUAA